GUUCUCCACCCAGGAUGACUUCAGUGACUAGAUCCGAGACUGUAGAAGUCUGCCCAUCAUCGAGACAGAAGGCAAUCCUGGCGGCGAGCAAGUAUGAAAGAAAUCAACAGGCGGAAGUCACUGCCUCCCUUUCAUCAGGGCAUCACAGAGCUCAGCAGAUCCAUCAGCGUCGACCUAGCAGAAAGCAAACGGCUUGGCUCUCUCCUGCUUUCCAGUUUCCAGUUCUCUGUUCAGAAACUUGAACCUUUCCUAAAGGGCACUGAGGGCUUCAGUCUUGAAAGUUUUAGAGCCAAAGCAUCUUCUCUUUCUGAAGAAUUAAAACAUUUUGCAGACAGACUGGAAAGUAAUGGAACUCUACAGAAAUGUUUUGAAGAUUCAGAGGGAAAAGCAUCAGAUUUGUCUCUGGAAGCAUCGGUGGCUGAGAUGAAGGAAUACAUAACAAAGUUUUCCUUAGAACGUCAGACUUGGGAUCAGCUCUUGCUGCACUAUCAGAAGGAGGCUGAGGAGAUCUUAUCCAGAGGAUCAACUGAAACAAAAAUGACUGAAGUUGAACCUACAGCAUAUCUUGGGUCUUCCCAGAAUGAAGUCCUUAAUACAAAGCCUGAUUACCAGAAAAUAUUACAGAGCCAGAACAAAGUCUUUGAUUGUAUGGAAUUGGUGAUGGACGAAUUGCAAGGAUCAGUGAAGCAGCUGCAUGCCUUUAUGGACGAAAGUACUCAGUGCUUCCAGAAGAUGUCAGUACAACUCAGCAAGAGAAGUGCGCAACAAUUAGAUUCUUCACCAGCUCGAAAACUGCUCAAGCUUCAGUUACAAAACCUGCCUACUGCACAUGGUUCUAAAUCUUGUCAGUGACCUUAUGCAUCUUUGUGCCACAAGGUGCUCUAGAGGAGAGACAUGGAAAGAAUGCUCCAGCGCAUGGUGAUUGCGUGGCAAUCUAGGCUGGUGAUAUCUGCCUGUUGCCUUUGAGGAUAAUUGCCUGACUGAAGAGCACUUGGUUGUUUUUCUAAAAGUAACAACACUUCCCUGGCUGGUGUAGCUCAGUUGGAUGGAGCAUCGUCCAGUGCACUGAAGGGUCACGGGUUCAAUUCUGGUCAGGGCACAUACGCAGGUUGCAGGUUUGAUCCCCAGUCUGGGUGUGUACAGGAGGCAAUUGAUGGAUGUUUCACUUUCACGCAAUGUUUCUCUGUCUCCCUCUCCCUCCCUCUCUCUAAAAUCAAUUAAAAAAAAGUUACAACACUUUUGUAUCCAAAAGAAUGUUGUAUGGACACUUUUUCCAAGAAUGUGCAAGAUAAUUAAAAUUUUUGUUUUGGAAUGACCUUUAGAAUUAGUAGUUUAAUGUUUUAAAUAUUCUUUGUGAUCACAUCUCUUCAUCUUGUGUAGAUGUUUUUCAAGUUUUAAAACAUCCAAAGUCUUUUGGGAUGAAAUCCAAUGAAACAUUUUAGAGGUCAAAUUCGGUUCUGGUUGUAAAGGAAUGAGACUAAUUUUCUAGUGUGACUCAGGAUGAUUUUAGGUAUAAAAGUUGUGGGCAUUGAUUAUAUCAGGUGGAUACAUAUAUCACUUCACAGGAUGUCCAAAUUGAGAAAAUACUACCCAUUCUCUAUGUUCUACUGCCCAUAAUGUGCUUCAGUUUUUAGUAUUGAGUCAACAUCCUAAAUCUUGGGUUCAUUGUUCUCUGUAUUUAAUAAUCUGCAUUAUAAAAUUGUACAUAAUUAAAAGUUUUC